UUCAAGCGUUGGUCGGAAUACCGCCAUAUUUGGAAUGAGAAAAUCAAGUUUUUCUAGCAUUUUAACAAAAGCAAUUACGUUGUUGGCCAGAAGAGAUAAAUCUCACUACAGGUAUGCCAGUAAUAAGUGUUGGGGUAACUGUGGAAGCUACAAGCAAAUUAUUUGGGCGCAGUCGUACGCUCUUGGUUGUAGUAUCACCGCAUGCAAAAAACUAAAAACACUAUAUUCUUCUGGACCCAAAAACUUUAUCGUUUGUUUGUACGGACCCGCAAGUACAACCGGUAAGCCUUAUAUCUCUGGCCCAAGCGCGUCAGCUUGCCCGACUGGUUAUAAACCUAAGAAGAAACUCUGUUCAAACUCCAGUAUUCAGUACACCACGACCGUUCAACCUUUAACUUUAUCCGAACCAACGACCGCUGGUAAGUAUGAGCCUGUAACAGCAACGCUAUCGGAUGUGGAUAUUAAAACGGCAGUCGACCUGCACAACGAGUUUCGAAGGUCAGUUAAACCCACUGCAAGUAAUAUGAUUGAAGUUGCUUGGGAUCCAGCGCUUGCUCGUGUGGCAAGGGAAUUUACACAAAAGUGUGAAUAUAAUGGCUUUCUCGUUUUGAAACCUCUAAAUGAUUAUUCAAUAACUGGUAUGAACUCCUUAGCAAACGAAAAGAAUCUAACAUAUUCUAGCUUGCUAACAAUAGCAAUCACUCAUUGGGCGGCAGAACAACCAUAUUAUAUUUAUAGAAAUAGUACUUGCAGACUUCGAAACUGUGAGUCUUAUGAGCAAGUCGUAAUGGCAGAGAUGCGCGGUAUAGGUUGUAGCAUUACAGCAUGUAAAAUGUUAAAAUCACCGAGUUUUUUUGCUGGUCCUGAAAACCUCAUCGCAUGUUACUACGGACCAGUUGAUUUAAUGAGAAAACCUUAUAUUUCUGGCCCGAGCGCGUCAUCAUGUCCGGUCGGAUACGAGCCUAAGAACAAACUAUGCUCCAAGUCUAAUAAUACGUACCCCACUACAGUUAGUCCCCCGACUACACCCGAACCCACAAGUACAACAGAGCCUGAGUCUAACAAAGCAGCAAUACUGUCAGCUUCGGACAUCCAAGCGGUGCUCGAUAAACACAAUGAGCUACGUAGAUCAGUUGAACCCACUGCAAGCAACAUGAUGGAAAUGAUUUGGGACCCUGCGCUUGCUAAAAGCGCAGAUAAUUACACCCAAAAAUGCGUACUUGACGACAGUGAUGUUUACAUCAGCAGUUCUAUCGGUUAUUCAAGCGUUGGUCGGAAUACCGCCAUAUUUGGAAUGAGAAAAUCAAGUUUUUCUAGCAUUUUAACAAAAGCAAUUACGUUGUUGGCCAGAAGAGAUAAAUCUCACUACAGGUAUGCCAGUAAUAAGUGUUGGGGUAACUGUGGAAGCUACAAGCAAAUUAUUUGGGCGCAGUCGUACGCUCUUGGUUGUAGUAUCACCGCAUGCAAAAAACUAAAAACACUAUAUUCUUCUGAACCCAAAAACUUUAUCGUUUGUUUGUAUGGACCCGCAAGUACAACCGGUAAGCCAUAUAUCUCUGGCCCAAGCGCGUCAGCUUGCCCGACUGGUUAUAAACCUAAGAACAAACUCUGUUCAAACUCCAGUAUUCAGUACACGACCACCGUUCAACCUCUAACAUUAUCUGAACCAACGACCGCUAGUAAGCCUGAGUCUGUAACAGCAGUUCUGUCAGAUGCCGAUAUUAAAACAGCGGUGGAUCAAUUUAACGAAAUUCGAAGAUCAGUUGACCCCACUGCAAGCAACAUGCUGGAGAUGGUUUGGGAUCCGGUGCUUGCUGAAAGUGCCUAUAAUUUUAGUCGAUCUUGCAUAUUUGACGGCGAUGUCAGCGAUUCUACCACCUAUUCAAGCGUUGGUUAUACUGUGGUCAUGAGCAAAUGGCAAUUAAAUUUCACUGGUCAGCUAUCAGAGGCCAUUACUGGGUGGGCAAACGAGAGACACCGUUACACUUACGGAAGUAAUCAUUGUCCACGUUAUUGUGGUAACUACAAGCAAAUUAUAUGGGCGGAGACGUACGCUGUUGGUUGCAGUAUUACCGCAUGCAAAGAAGUUUUCGGGCCAUAUAACUCUGGUCCGAGAAACCUUAUCGUUUGUAACUAUGGGCCAGGUAGCAGCUGGUCUACACCUUAUAUCUCUGGUCCAAGCGCGUCAGCUUGCCCGACUGGGUAUAGACCUAAGAACAAACUCUGUUCUAACUUCAAUAUUCAGUACACGACCGCCGUUCAACCUCUAACAUUAUCUGAACCAACGACCGCUAGUAAGCCUGAGUCUGUAACAGCAGUUCUAUCAGAUGCCGAUAUUAAAACAGCGGUGGACCAACUUAACGAAAUUCGAAGAUCGGUUAAACCCACCGCAAGCAACAUGCUGGAAUUAGUUUGGGAUCCUGUGCUUGCUGAAAUUGCUAAAAAUUAUACCAGUAAAUGCGUGUUCGACUACAACGAGGUUUACAUGAGCGAUUAUUCUAUCGGCUACACAAGCGUUGGUAUGGUCUUUAACAUGGCUGAGUGGAAAUUAAAUUUUACUGGUCAGCUAACAGAGGCCAUUACUAAUUGGAAAAAAGAGGGACGCCGUUACACUUACAGGAAUAGUUUUUGCUUGGGUAACUGUGAGAAGUAUACGCAAAUUAUAUGGGCGCAGACUUACGCUGUUGGUUGCAGUAUCACCGCAUGCAACCCCGUAAAAGGACCCUAUUCCCUUGGUCCGAAAAACUUUGUCGUUUGUAACUACGGACCUGCUAGUGGCUCGGGUAAACCUUACAUUUCUGGCCCAAGCGCGUCAGCUUGUCCGACCGGUUAUAUACCUAAGAACAAACUCUGUUCUAACUCUAGUAUUCAGUACACGACCACCGUUCAACCUCUAACAUUAUCUGAACCAACGACCGCUAGUAAGCCUGAGUCUGUAACAGCAGUUCUGUCAGAUGCCGAUAUUAAAACAGCGGUGGAUCAAUUUAACGAAAUUCGAAGAUCAGUUAAACCCACUGCAAGCAACAUGCUGGAGAUGGUUUGGGAUCCGGUGCUUGCUGAAAGUGCCUAUAAUUUUAGUCGAUCUUGCAUAUUUGACGGCGAUGUCAGCGAUUCUACCACCUAUUCAAGCGUUGGUUAUACUGUGGUCAUGAGCAAAUGGCAAUUAAAUUUCACUGGUCAGCUAACAGAGGCUAUUACCGGAUGGGCAAACGAGAGACACAUUUACACUUACAGAAAUGAUCAUUGCCCACGUUAUUGUGGUAACUACAAGCAAAUUAUAUGGGCGGAGACGUACGCUGUUGGUUGCAGUAUUACCGCAUGCAAAGAAGUUUUCGGGCCAUAUAACUCUGGUCCGAGAAACCUUAUCGUUUGUAACUAUGGGCCAGGUAGCAGCUGGUCUACACCUUAUAUCUCUGGUCCAAGCGCGUCAGCUUGCCCGACUGGGUAUAGACCUAAGAACAAACUCUGUUCUAACUUCAAUAUUCAGUACACGACCGCCGUUCAACCUUUACCUUUAUCCAAACCAACGACCGCUAGUAAGCCUGAGUCUGUAACAGCAGUUCUGUCAGAUGCCGAUAUUAAAACAGCGGUGGAUCAAUUUAACGAAUUUCGAAGAUCAGUUGACCCCACUGCAAGCAACAUGCUGGAGAUGGUUUGGGAUCCGGUGCUUGCUGAAAUUGCAGGUAAUUACACCAAAAAAUGCGAAUAUGAUGACAGUGAUGCUUACAUUAACAGUUCAAAGAAAUAUCCAAGCGUUGUUCGAACUAUUGCGACAUCGGGAAGUAGAUCAAGUUUCUCCAGCCUUUUAUCAAGGGCAAUUGCCGGGUGGACAAGACAGAAAAAUAGCUAUAAGUAUAAUACUGAUUCUUGUUGGGGUAACUGUGAAAGCUACAAGCAAAUUAUAACGGCGCAAUCGUACGCUGUUGGUUGCAGUAUUACAGCAUGCGAAAGAGUAAAAGGACCAGUACUCCCUCUCCCACGAAACUUGAUCGUUUGUUUCUACGGACCCGCAAGUACAACCGGUAAGCCUUAUAUCUCUGGCCCAAGCGCGUCAGCUUGUCCGACUCGUUAUAGACCCAAGAACAAACUCUGUUCUAAGUCCAGUAUUCAGUACACGACCGCCGUUCAACCUGUUCUGACGACCGGAGCCGAGCAAAGAUCCAACUUUUCAGCUAUACUUAAACUUCCAUGUUUUUCCAAACUCUCAAACACCACUAAUGUUUUAUCCACGUUCACAUCUGCACUGCUUGAGCAGAUUGGAAAAAUACAAAAAGGAGUGUCUUCGACUGCUAGUCACUUAUAUGGAUUUUUCGCUUUCUUUUGGCAGUAGGGUGUUUUCUGUUUUGUACCCGUGUGUUUUAUAUAACAUUGUGUAUUUUCAACAGAAAUUAUUUCUGAUGUAACCAGUUUUAUAGAAUAGUUGUAGUGGUACGUUAUGCCAAUGUAUCGUAUUAUUUACACAAAACUAUAUAUCGCAUUUUAUAUUACCAGUAUGAGGAAAUUAACAAUAUAUACCUCGGUCGUUUACCCAUAUGGUGGGGAAAGACGGGACACCUUUAGCACGUAACAUCGAAAUAUCCUUACCGCGUUAUAACCAAUUACCAACCGUCUACGGGAGUCGUGAGGAUACGGUUUUAUAUUUCUUUAAAUGUUCUUUGUUUGCAACCGAAUGGGACAAGAAAAUAAAACGAAAUGGUGUCCCAUCCUCCCCCACCCUAUAAUAUUCAUAUACAUAGUCUACGUUGUGUUUGGUGCCGUGUAAAAUGACGUAAUAAACUAUUAUUAGAGUCGAUUUUAUGACGUAUCCACAGCUCAAAUUUGAAAAGUCAGAAACUCUGCAUAGAAAACGUGACA